CCGGGUGGCGCUAGCGUCUCUUCAUUCUCGCUCCGCUCCCCUUUCCUGUGCUGUCGACCGGGGAGGACCGUGGCCACUGAAGACACCCACAGUUCGUCGGCCGCCGUCUUGUCCUGGGGGGGUCUCUCGAAGCGCUCAUUCCCCGCACAGCCGGUCGCUGAUGACGCGGGAUCCGCUGCAGGUGGUGCACGGCGGCGAGCGCUCCUCGUCUGUGCGACAUCUCCGCGCUCAAGUAGCAUCGCUCGCUAACGUUAGCUUACAACAUCGAUCUCCGAUACUCCACCCCCUCGCUCCCUCCCGGAGCUCGACCCCACUACUGAUCAACAUCGCCAAUCAACAUUUGAUUGAUAGCUAAGAGUGGACCACCGAGGGGUUACUGCCCUCCAUUUGGCACAGGAAACGUAUCGCUUUACCCCCUAACGUUUUAUAUUCAGGGCCCGUGGCUCCAAAGUAGCCCCUCACUUUUAACCAAGCGGUGUUGAAAUUACUGACACCAAUCCUCGGUGGCCACUUUUGGAGCCGCUGUCUUUUCUACCUCAUCACCCCGAUGCCUCCUCGCUCCUCUCCGGAAUCUCGACUUCCUCUCUUAGCCCCAUCGGGAACGUUGUAUCUGACAAUCCGGUGAAGGAGAACUGCAGGGCGGGCAUUUGAGCUCCUCUCCGCCCGCUCCCCUUUUAUCGUCACUUGCUGCAGACGGAAGCUAGCUGGCCCGUUCGUCCACCUAUCACCCACCUACGAGCUUCGAUCCUGAUCUUGGUCUACAACCGGAACCCACACAACAUUGUCCGUGACCAAUCUCCCGUCCCGUGACCGCCCCGCUUCCGAGCCACGGGUCUCGCCAUGCCGGGUCCGGUGGCCGGUAGCAAGUCCCGUGUGUACGUCGAUGUCAACACACUGAAGAGCCGGGAUUACUGGGACUACGAGGCCCACGUACCCAACUGGAACAACCAAGAGGACUACCAGCUGGUACGUAAACUGGGCAGAGGGAAGUAUAGUGAAGUGUUCGAGGCCAUAAACAUCACCAACAACGAGAAGGUGGUGGUCAAGAUUCUGAAGCCAGUUAAGAAAAAGAAGAUCAAGCGUGAGAUCAAGAUCUUGGAGAAUCUGAGAGGUGGGACCAACAUCAUCCGUCUGGUGGACACAGUCAAAGACCCCGUGUCCAGAACUCCAGCACUUGUCUUUGAAUGCAUCAAUAACACAGACUUCAAGGAGUUAUACCAGAAGUUGACUGACUAUGAUAUCCGUUUUUAUAUGUAUGAACUACUGAAGGCCCUGGACUACUGUCACAGCAUGGGAAUCAUGCACCGAGAUGUCAAACCCCACAAUGUGAUGAUCGACCACCAGUUGAGAAAGCUACGCCUUAUAGAUUGGGGUUUGGCAGAGUUCUAUCACCCUUCCCAGGAGUACAAUGUCAGAGUGGCAUCCCGAUAUUUUAAAGGCCCAGAGCUCCUGGUGGAUUAUCAGAUGUAUGAUUACAGUCUAGACAUGUGGAGCUUGGGCUGUAUGCUUGCCAGCAUGAUCUUCCAGAAAGAGCCCUUCUUCCACGGGCAGGACAAUUAUGACCAGCUGGUGCGAAUUGCCAAGGUUUUGGGGACAGAUGAGCUGUUCGGCUACCUGCGUAAAUACCACAUCGAACUGGAUCCACGCUUCAAAGAUCUGCUUGGACAACAGAGCAGGAAGCGCUGGGAGCAGUUUGUGCAAACCGAAAACCAGCACCUAGUGAGUCCUGAGGCUUUGGACCUUCUGGACAAGCUGCUACGCUACGACCACCAACAGAGAUUGACAGCCACAGAGGCCAUGGAGCAUCCCUACUUCUACCCAGUUGUCAAGGAGCAGUCUCUGUCCAACUCUGACAACAUGGUUUCCAGUGGCAACACCACGGCGCGAUGAAACAAAGAGAGUCGAAAGAAGAAGGAUGUUUGUUACCUCAACUUUGUCCGCGGUUGUGACAGUAACUUUGACAAGUGUACAGUGACAAUGGAUCAAAGUGACUGACCAGUUACACUCUCGCAGAUAUGUGCAAACAGACACGCACACAUACACACAUGCAAGCAGGUAUACAUACACCCUCCUCCUCUGUAUCAGUCUGUGAUUGGCCUGUUCUGGUGUCCUGUCCAGCAGUCUGACCAAUGAGCUUGAAGCUGCUCACCACCUGACCCCCUCCCAUGUCAGUCUCUUGUACAAGGACAAUACUUUUAAAGAUUCCCUCUCCAUGUCUCCAUCCUUCCUUUAUGUCGUCCCACCUCUUUGUUUGCAUCAGCAUGGAAGAUGGACAGGAGUGUGACCCCCGUACAAGCCACCACCACUCCCUCUCCCCAAGACCCCGUUCAUCCAUGCACCCAUCUCUCUGUCCGCCCUCCUUGCCAUCUUUUACCCUGACAGACAAAUGUCUUAGCACUACUCCAGUUCUGAAGGUGGCAUGGUGGACUCUCUCUAGCUAGAAUGAUAAUAAUAUUAAUGAAAAAUAAAUGAUUUUUAUUUAGAUGAA